AUGCCAAAGGAAAAAGCUCGGGCCACCCGAACCUCCGCCCGCAAUCCAGCAUCAGAAUCCACCGAGUUGUCUGACACCUCUUCUCUUCGUUAUCUCCAGCUCGUUGUCAUCGUCUCCGCUCGGUCGGCUUUUCGUCCUGCAAUGGACUCUUCAGUCCUUAAUCAGCUGUUUCGACAGCUGUUCCGUCACCCUGCCUGCCAAUCCCUGCGGCGCUCGCCUUCCUCGGCGCACACCUUGCGCUUGUCUGGACCAUCCUAUCAACAAUACCGGACGUUUCUUUCUCGUCGGACGCGGACAAAGCGCAAGAGCACGGAUGAUGGCAUGAAUUGGACGAAGCGCGGGGAUUACCCAAAAGAUAUUGAGAAGGAGCUGCAAACGUACCCAUUGGUGACGGCGAAAGACCUCCGCCAUCGACCGGAGCGGCCACGCCAGGUGAAGAUGUUGACGCGAGAAUUUAUUGAUGACAGCCUCUACAACCCCUAUUAUGGCUAUUUUUCCAAGCACGCGACAAUCUUUAGUCCCGGAGAACCCUUCGAUUUCAAUAAUAUCGAGGAUGGGCCUGCGUUUCACCGGAUGCUGGGCGAGCGCUAUACAGAGUUCGAAGAUUUGUUGGACGAAAAACGGCCGGAUGAAGCGCGCCAAUUAUGGCAUACGCCUACCGAGUUGUUUCGACCUUACUAUGGGGAGACCAUCGCCCGGUACCUGGUGUCAAAUUACAAGCUGACACAGUAUCCGUACCACGACUUGAUUAUAUACGAAAUGGGCGCUGGAAACGGAACUUUGAUGAUCAAUAUCCUUGAUUUCAUCCGUGACACAGACUAUGAGGUCUAUCAACGAACCAAGUUCCGCAUCAUUGAGAUCUCCCCAGCUUUGGCAGGGCUGCAGAUGAAGAACUUGACCGACUCUCUGUACGCAGCGGGGCAUUUGGAUCACGUCGAGAUUAUUAAUAAGUCGAUCUUCGAAUGGGAUACCUACGUGCACUCGCCGUGCUUCUUCCUUGCGCUUGAGGUCAUUGAUAACUUUGCGCACGACACUAUUCGCUAUGACUGCAAGACUGAACUACCACAACAGGGAGGAGUGCUGAUUGAUGAGGAUGGCGAGUUUCACGAGUACUACACUCCUCAACUUGAUCCCGUAGCCUCCCGGUUCUUGCGCGUCCGUCAAGCCGCAGCUCGACGUGAUUUCCCGAGCCCGCUAGGCCCGAGACUCACGCGACAAGUCCGGGGAAUCCUACCCUUCCAGAAACCUUUUACGCUACCCGAGUACGUCCCAACUCGGCUGAUGCAGUUCUUUGACAUUCUCGAUACCUACUUUCCCGGUCACCGGCUAGUGGCCAGCGACUUUAGCAGUCUUCCAGAUGCAGUCCCCGGAAUUAAUGCGCCAGUGGUACAAACACGAUACAAGCGGAGGACCGUCCCUGUCUCUACUCCCUUCGUCCACCAAGGUUACUUUGACAUCUUCUUCCCCACCGACUUCAACGUCGUCGAAGACAUCUACCGAGCAGUUACCGGGAAAUUGACACAAGUGGUCAGCCACGAGGACUUUAUGAAGCGCUGGGCAUACAUUGAGGAUACUGAGACAAGGAGCGGCGAAAACCCGCUACUGACGUGGUAUAAGAACGCCAGCAUGUUGAUAACAGUCUAA